UUCUUGAAACAACAGGAUGUACUUUGGGCCAAGAACGGGACAUGAGGCAUAAAAGGAGCUGGGAGUCUACUUGAUCAGAAUGAAACAGAUGUUGAAAGAAUUUUCAAAUCUACUACUAGUUGUGCUCUGUGAUUAUGUUCUUGGAGCAAUGGAAUAUCUUCUCUUGGAGCAACCAACUCAUGUAGCUUUAAGCAAUAGCACGGUGUCAGUUGGCUUCCAGAAUUAUUAUGGUGGCAAUGUGACAUUGAAAAACAUCUCCAUCCUGCUAAUAGAUGCCAGCACCAACCAAACGGUUGCAAAAAAACAGCUUCUGCAAAACCAGUACCAAGGUAUAGUUGUCUUUGAGUGUGUGCAUUUUAAGAGUGCUGGGAACUACUGGUUCAAAAUGGCUUCUGAAAUCAUCAAUGGCACCGAUUCCCAGUGGAAAGGAGAGAAUAUCCCAUUGAGUGUGACGUGGCCUAUAUUUAACUUGGAUGUGAGGAGGACCUCAGAGGGACAUGGAAGUUCCCUUCAGCUCAAGUUGUUUACUGAUGAAUAUUUAUGUCCGAUGAAUAAAACAGUGAUUUCUCUUGAUAUAAUACUGACCAGCAGCUUAUACGAACUAGGGACAUUGAUCUCAAAUGAGACUGUGGGAUUGAGAACUAGCAAAAAGCAUGAUCUCCUUAGGUCGCAGUGGAUUAAGUUUGACUGUCAGUUGGUUGGCCAAGAAGCAUAUAUUGCUGUAAUACUGAAAUCAACAGAGACCAAUUCAAUCAUUGCAUCAACAGGACCCAUAGAUCUUGUGCAUAAAUUUGGCUACAAAUUAGUUGUGGCAGAAGAUGUGAUAUGUGAGUCUUCAGUUGUGGUUUCUGUCAUUUUCCCUCCAUGCACGUCUUCUGAAGGGCACAUUGUUGUGUUCAAAGAUAAUCCUGGGCCUUUUGGUCGCACAAGGCUCCAUGAAAGCAUCAUGAAUCCAGACGACAACCAGAUAGAAUUCAACUGCACAUUGUUUGACAAAGGAACAAACAAAUACUGUUUUGAAUUUAGCCAUUUGAACCAAGUCAAUUCCCCAUCAAGAGCAAAAGAAUGUGUGCUAAUCCAACGGAAUAUUGGGUCCUGGAGCCUUUGGCAGGCCUGGAGUCCUUGCAGUGUGAGUUGCGGAGAUGGCUUCCGUGAGCGCUACCGAGAGUGCCUCAUAUCUUUCCCAGUCCCAAUAAAGCAAGGGUGCGUGGGGAAACAACAGGAUAUUUCUCCGUGCUCUUUGGAGGAAUGCUCCACCACUACAUCUGUACCCAUCACACCACUGAAUCCUAAAGAAGGCCAGAAAGCCACCAAUAACCUGGUAACUGUCACUGGCAUAUCCUUGUGUUUAUCCAUAAUCUUGGCAACCAUCCUUAUCACCUUAUGGAGAAAGCUUUGCAGAACUCAGAAGUGUAGUACCCCUGUGCGCUGCAACUCCGCCCAUUCGCCCAGCUUCCGGAAGAACUCCGACGAAGAGAAUAUAUGUCAAGAGAGACAGCAGCAAGAGAGCUUUUCUGAGGAAGAAGGCCCUUCUAGAGAACCUCCUGAGAUCCCCUUGAAUUUCAGGAGAAGCCUUCAUUUUGCACAAGAAGGAGGAGAAGGAGGAGAAGCUUCUGCUACGGAGAGUUUUCAGUCCAACGCUCAAAAAAUAAUCCCUCCCAUUUUCAGCUACCGCCUUGCACAGCAGCAGCUCAAAGAAAUGAAGAAGAAGGGCCUUACAGAAACAACAAAGGUUUAUCAUGUGUCGCAAAACCCUUUGACGGACACUGUGAGCACAGAAAACCAGGAGGAGGAGGAGGCGUCAACAGCAGUGAACAAGUUUAGAAUCAAAUCUCCUUUCUUGGAGCAGCCACCUGGCCAUCCCAAGUUAUCCGGCAACAGGCCCUGUUCUAGGGUGGAUUUUACACUAGCACAGAUCAAUCCCAUUUUGAGCCCAAGCCAGUCCCUAAUUAGAAGAGCUCAGCCUAGAUAUCUUGAUAACAAAGCAGAGGCAUCAGAGAGAGGCUAUUCAAGAAGUUCACACUUCAGAAGAACAGCUAGUUUUCACGAAGCCAGAAAAGCUAAGCCAUUCCGGAAAAGAAGCAUGUCCACCCUCACCCCAAGCCAGACCCCACACUACCAGUGCAGAACCAGAAUGUGGAGCUGUGACCCAGAAGAACAGCCUCGGCUUAAAUCCAGGAGCAUCAGUCGGAAUGUUGUGGAACUCGAGCUGUGUCACAGCGCUCCUUUAACCACUGAAUCCAUGACCCGUGGGGCACAACCCACUCACAAAUGGGAACCUCCAGGAAAGAGACCGGAUCUGGUCAGCAGUCGCCAGCCUGUCUCCCAAAUGCUACGUGCUGAUAGGUCAGAGCAUAAGAGAAACAGAAGUGGCCCCUUUCUGAGCCAUACGGAUGCUUGGCGGAAAGAACCUGCUACUAUGCUGCCUCUCAACGACAGUCACCAGAGAGGAGAUGCUCUGAGCCCUGCCCAGUACAGGAAGAGCAAAUGCCAGAGCUUCCCAUCUGAUCCUGAAUACCACUUCUAUGACAACACUACUUUUGGCCUGACUGAAUCAGAGCAGCAAAUGAUUGACCUGCCUGGAUAUUUUGGCUCAGCUGAAGAGGGUGAAAUAAGUACCUUAAGUAUUGAAAAUCUGGUGAUCUGAGCAUCUGGUUGUAAUAUCAGAGUGACGUAGACCCUGUGGACUAAGGUGAAUAAUGGCAACAACAAAGACAAUCUUGGAUUUUCUAAAAAUGCAAUAACAGAAAUCAAAUUUCCUCCCCUUAGAGGGGAAAGAAGCGUGGCUGUUGUUUAAUUUUACACAUGAGCUAAUCCACACCCACCCACUUUGGAAAAACAAAUGAUUCCCUGACAAAGAAAUUUCCCUGAAAAACUACUUGACCUACUCGAAGUUUGGCUUUCAUUCUUUCUCUGUCUCUCUCUCUGUCUCUGUCUCUCUCUCUCUGUGAGUUUUCUCAAAAAUAAAAUCUUAGGGAUGGAUCCUACGUGCUGCUUUGCACAGACCCAGCAGUUCACAGGAGUGGGCUUUGAGUGUAACUUGACCCACCCCUACUUUAUCCAUUGUAAUACUUGUCAGCUUCUGAACUGGUCAUCUCUUUUGUCCCCAAUAUGUCUUGUAAGUGAGAAGGGGCAAUGCAUUGCACUGGCAGGGCGCCAUCCCAGCGCUGUGGCCAUUCCAAGGCCCAUCGGAGCAGCCUUGAAUCUCUGUAUUUUUUAUUUGUAUUAGAGGUUUGGUGUGGCAUUCCAAGAGCAGCUGGAAGGCACCAUUACCGGACUACUCUGCUUUCCUUCCCAAGCAUUGGAUGGUGCUUUAGCUUAAAACACUCUGCAUCAUGACACUUCAAACUGCCAGGUAGCUUUCUAAGUCUAGCCAAUAUCCUCCUCAUACUUUCUAUGUCCAUUUAAGGAAUAAUCUUUAUGCUUCGGAGAGGAAGGAGAACCAUCCUCAAAAAGGUAUUUCCACAUAUAGGGAAACAAAUCCUUCCCAUAUCUCAAGAAGCUAAUACUGAAGUAGCAGUUCAAAUUAACCCUUCUUGUCUUACAAUAUGGGCUUUCUUUCCGCCAUGACUGAUG